CUUCUUCACCACAACAUGGUGCUUAGCAGCAAUGCCGCGAUAGGUAUAUACAUUUGAUACGCUGGAUUGGCAGGCUCACAGUUCAAGGAACUUAGCAAUGGAGCGUCUAGUAAGCCUCCUUGUGCUUUGCCUCGCGGUAACAGCAAAGGCAGGGAACCCUUUUGCUCUGCAAGAGCGUAAACUUUCACAAUGCGAAGCCUUGGCGUUUGCGGAGUUAACGCCGACGAACACGCGUGCACCGGUGUUAGACCUGCAAUGGGUUGGUGCCGACGAUCAGACGGUCUUUGCCAUCACGCACAAAGCGAUGAGCGAAGCGGGUGGCUUGUGGAGGUCUAAGGACGGGGGUAAAACCUUCAAGGACCUGACCAGCACUCUAAACGCCACGCUCCCCACCUACGAGCCGUUCAGUGUGAUGGCCAUCUACUCGCAGAAGAGCAGUCCGGGCAACAUACUGCUCAUGGGGACCGGGACCUACAUGUGGACCUCCUCCGACUACGGCGAGACGCUGUCCCCGCUGCCCACCCCCUCCCACUGGCGCGGCUCCUCCAUCCGCUCCGCCAAGCUGCAUCCCUGGCACGACAACUGGCUGCUGCUGCUUGUGAAGCGACCCGCCUGCAAGACACCCGACCCCGCGCUCAUGGAGUGCCCCUACGACCUCAUGCUGAACCAGGACGUGUUCAACCCCGCCUCCCCCUGGAAGAACCUGACCGCCGACUCGGGCGGCAAGAUCGCGGGCUUCGUGGACUUUGACUGGGCGGCCAACCUGUGCCCCAACCGGGACACGUGCGGCAACCUGACCCUGUCCGACAGCCUCAUCUUCGCCACCAUGUACGCCCGCCCCGACGCCUACGACCAGCCCUGGGACCCCGACGUCAACUUCGUGACCUCCACCGACUGGUUCGCCUCCUUCUCGCAGCACGUGCGCUGCGGCAACAUGUUUGAGCUGGUGGGGCGCAGCGUGUACCUGGCCUUCGCGAACAGCUGCCCCACGGAGUGGGAUGGAAGCCCCCGCGCCUCCCCCUCCAAGUACCCCCGCGGCAUCACGCUGCUCACCUCCAUUGACGGGGGCAACACCUUCGUGCAGGCAUGCCUGCCGGUGGCGCUAAACCAAGACGGUUACGAACUGGUUGAGACGCACGACGGGCGGGGUGCGGUAGUGAUCGUGGACUACUCUGUUGACGCGGGCUUCAUGGCGCUGCCCGCCUCCUCCGUGUACACGGCGGGGCCGCACCACGCGCUCUUCUCGCUCAGCCUCACCAACGUGUUUCACACCGACUUCGGGACCACCACCGACUUUGCGCGGGUGGAGGGCGUGCCGGGUAUCUACAUCGCCAACCAGAUGCUGGCCACCCCCGGCAGCUCCUCCUCCUCCUCCACCUCCCCCGCCGCUGCCCCCGGGGACUACCUGGACUACACCGACCUGAGCGACCUCACCGAGCAGCCCGUGGUGGAGAGCCGCAUCACAUUCAAUGGAGGCGCUUCCUGGCAGCGCAUCCCCGCCCCCACCCAGUACCGCCACCCCGCCUGCAACCGCUGCGGCUCCUCCCCCGGCGGCCCCGGCGGCAGCUGCUUCCUGCACCUGCACGGCCUGUCCGCCUGGGACAACAUGGGGUUGGCGCUGCCGGCGGUGUACUCCAACCCCUCCGCACCCGGGCUGGUCAUGGCAACGGGCAAUGUGGGGCCGCUGGGGCAAGGGCUGGACGGGAAUGACGGUCUGUGCACCUGGCUGUCUACGGACGGCGGUGUCAGCUGGACCGAUGUGGCGGUGGGCGCCUACAUCUACGAGUUCGCGGACUGGGGCGGGGUGAUUGUGAUGGCUCGCCACCCGGGGGUGAACCCCACCUCGCCCUCCGCAGCGGCGCAGGAGAUACUGUUCUCGCUGGACUACGGGGAAUGCUGGCAGUCCGUCCCCCUCUCCGAGGCGCUCCUGGUGGAGAAUGUGCGCAUCGAGCCGGACGGACAGCGCCCCACCGUGCUGGUGCACGGGCGCGCCUGCCGCAAGAGCGAUGCCAGCCCCAAGUGCUCGGGGGGCGCGGAGGACACCAGCUUUGCACCCGGGGGUGUGCUGUACGCGGUGGACGUGGCUGACCUGAUGCGUGCCAAGCUGUCGGGCAGCUGCGGCAAGAGCGACUACGAGCGCUGGACGGUGCCCACAUUCGACCACCAGCCGCGAUGCGUGCUGGGUGAGAAGCUGCAGCUGGAGCGGCGCAAGUCCGGCUCCCGCUGCCUCAACGGGGGCGCCUACAGCCGCCCGCCGCCCGACUCGCAGCCCUGCGAGUGCAGCCUGGACGGGGACACGGAGUGCGACUACGGCUUCCUGCGCGACAACAAGGGGUGCACGCGGGUGACGGGGUCGUCCAUGCCUACGUGCCCGGUGAUUGAGAGCGGUCUGUACCGGGUGGACCCCAGCGGCCGCCGCAUCGUGCACGGGGACGUGUGCAGCAACCCGCAGGCGGUCAUUCCGCAGUCCGCGGGUGGCAACACGGACAACACCGGCGGUGGCAGCAGCAGCGGAGGCGGCGGUGACAGCGGGGGCCGCCGCCGCUCCUCCUCGCACCACAGCGGCUGGUUCGGCUUCCUGAUAUUCCUGCUGGUCGGGG